AUGGACAGGACUUCAACUAUCGAAUUUGAUGCAGAGAUCGUUCUAAGGCGAUUAGGGAGAGGUUGGAUCUUAGAUGCCUUCGAGACUUGGUUGAGGACAGGAAAGGCAAGUCAUCCCGUUGUGCAGAUGGAAGACUUGUUCGCCAAGUUGCAAGAGCUGACCGAGGCCGGCGAUCCAGACUAUGACAGCAUCAUAUCGACAGCCGAUCAAAUAUUGGCCAAGGAAGCAGAGGACGAGGAUGCGAUCAAGUGCAAGUUUGUCGCUCUGCUGAACCUCAAGAAGUUCUCUCAAGCUCUUGAUGUCGUGAAGGACAAGCCCAAGGCCUGCAAGGCCCUCUCCUUCGAACGAGCGUAUGCGCUGUACAGACUCAAUCAGCAUGCCGAUGCUCUGGAAGCGCUGGAGUCGUCGGGUACUAAGUCAGGGGAGCAUGUGGGGAUGGACCUGCUUCGAGCUCAGGUGCUCUACCGCCUCGGCAAGUACAAGGAGAGCAGCGAAGUCUACGCGAGCGUCAUGGACGAGGAGACAGACCCUGGGGAGCUGGCUGUGAACAGAUCCGCCGCUCUCUGCUCCGCCGGGGAUCCCACGCUCGGAGAGCAGGUCCUCCGAGGAGCAGCGACGAUGCUGGGAGACAACGCGGACAUGUCGUACAACCGAGCAUGCGCCCUGAUCGAGAAGGGCGACCUGACCGGUGCGCUCAAGGCGUUGGAGGAUGCAGAGUCUCUGUACAGGAAGGAGUGCGAGGAGCAGGCUGUGACGGAGGCCGAGCUGGAGGACGGGCUGAUCGUGUACAAUGUGCAGAGGGGGUACGUGAUGCAAAGGAUGGGGCAGGGGGAGAAGGCGCAAGGGGCGUACGAGGAGGCUCUGAAGAGGAAGCCAACGGAUCAGGAGGUGGCUGCAGUUGCUUCCAACAACCUGUUCGCCCUGAGAGGGAAGGAUACGUCGCUCUUCGACUCGGCCAAGAAGGCCAAGGCCCUCAACCUCGAUGAGCAGGUGGAGGACAAGCUGACUGUCCAGCAGAGGAGGGUGUUCGCGCUCAAUCGCUGCCUGCUGAACCUGUACACCAACAAGACCAAGGAGUGUCACCAGGCCCUGAGCAAGCUGGACAAGGAAUUAGAGGGUUCAGAGCUCCCAUCGCUGGUCAGGGCAGCGCUGCUGGCGAGGGAGAAGAAAAUGGACGAGUGCACCGCCCUCUUGCAGAAGCAUGCGGAAGCGAACCCAAAGACGGCGCUGCUGGUGAAGCUGACGCUGGCGCAGCUGCAGCUGUCGCAGGGAGAUAGGGAGGGAGCGAUUGCUGCUCUUGAGUCAGUAGAAGGGGCGUACAAGCAGGGAGGGAUCGUGGGGUCGCUGGUCAAGUUGUAUGAGGGGGUCAAGGACACAGCUGGAGCCAUCAAGACUCUCGAGCGAGCGGCAGAGUCAGGAGGGAGCAGCAAAGAAGAGAAGCAGAACUCAAGAAAGUUCCUCCUCCUCAGCGCCGACAUGCGCUCGAGGUCGCAGGAUCCUGUUGAGGCAAUGAAGGCGUUGGAAGCUGUGAUGCUGGCUGGGGAGAAGGAUCCGGACACAGUCGCUCGCCUUGUUAACCUCUGUGCGGCCAUCGACCUCGGCAAGGCCGAGAAAUAUUCAGAGUUCCUGCCGGCCAUGGAUGCGGCGUCGGAGAUAGACGUGCAGGAGCUCGAGAGCUUUCAGCGGGCCCUGCCGGCCACAAGGGAUGCGGACGAGAUGGAUGUGGAGGCCACGAAGGCGAAGAUGGUGGCUCUGCAGGAGAAGAGAAGGCAGAGGAGGCUGAUGCGUCGGAAGAAGGAGAAGGCGUCGGUCACACUCGAGGAUGGCCGCUCUGUCGUCGUCGAGGCCUUUCACCUCCCCAAGAAGUACGCGGAGCUU